CUCUCGGCAACCGUAAAACGCCUUUUUCAUAAGAUAAACAUAACAUUUUAUUCAAAACAUUUAGACAAGCAUGCUUGCUUACUAAAUGCAAAAUGCUGUAUAUUAUAGACGAUACAGAGUAAAUUACUCUCAAAAUCUGUCUGUUAGCUAAAAUUGAAAAUACAUGUAUCCAAUGGAAGAAACAAUGUCUAAACAACAUAACUUAGAUGUCAGCAAGAAAGGAGGACAUCUCACAUAUUGUUUCUGCCAUAAACAACUCAGCCUAUUAUUUCACCACCAGCUCCUGUUCUGGAAGGAUUCUUCUCAUAGAUGGGCACUCUUUGGCAAUAAACUCUGGCUUUAGAAACUCUGGAUUGACUGUAGACAAGAAGGGCAAAAUCAUACCGGCAGUCCGAAGUACCCAUGGUCUGGUGGUUCCACUGAGCCACAAAGGACAGGUCCUGGUGAAGGAGGACUACAUCUACUUCCUGGUGGAAGUAGCCAAUCAGAAAAUGGAGGAAAAUGUCAAACAAAUUGAGAGGUUCUACGAGUGGCUACAGUCUGCUUUGCAACCAGCUGAACCUCAAAGCCCCAAGUAGACAGGAGACGGAGGAGAAAUCUGUUUACAAGCAACGGAGGAAAAGAGGACAGACAAAUGUUUAAACAGACACUCAGACAGACGCCUGCCAAGACAACAGAGACAUUAAUCCAGUUGAGCUUGAGGACUGCUGUGGGCUGUGGGCUGGAUCUGUUCACAUAGACAAAUCAAAUCAAAUACAUUGUAUUUGUCACGUGCUUCGUCAACAACGGGUGUAGACACAACAGUGAAAUGCUUACUUACUACGGGCCCUUCCCAACAAUGCAGAGAGGGAGAGAAAAUAGAGAAAUAAUAGAAAAGUAAUAAUUCAAGCAAUAAUAAAUACCUAAUGAGUAAUGAUAUCUUGGCUAUAUACACUGGAUACCAGUCCCAAGUCGAUGUGCAGGGGUACGAGGUAAUUGAGGUAGAGAAGUACAUAUACAGUGCAUUCGGAAUGUAUUCAGACCUCUCGACUUUUCCCACA